GAUGAGAAAUUGAACACAUUAACGGAAAUCCAGCCCUUGAAUUUUACUGGCCGUUUCCGUAUGGCAUUCAGAUAGUCAUGCGUGAGGUUUACAGCAAAUAAAGGUAGCCAUUGGGUUCUUGGUACAUCUUUCUAGUGGCGAAGACCCGUCUCCUUUUCGUUGGUACGGAAGCCGAGAGAGGACGGGUUGGUUACGCGGCGGCGGUGGGUCUCCACCCGAGAGUAUGGCGGCCAGGAUUGUAUUGGUGAGCGCAUAAGGAACGGGAAGAGGUGGUGAAAAUAAUCAAAGAAGAACGCUUGUAUUAUUAACUUUUAAAAUAGGAUUUAUUUAUCAACAGUUGAGUUAAUACGCGCCAGUCUUCUUUCAGAAUCCAUCAUCAGGAACCGUCCUGUUUUUUCACCAAUGUCUUCGCUGGAGCAAGUUUAGUUUUUAUGAUGCAUAGAAUGGUAAGCGAAGCAGAUGAAAAACCACACGUUUCACAUUGUCCCGCGUUUUGAUAGCUUGUAAUGCACAUUUUGAAGUUGCCUGGGGGAAUUUCUACAAUGAAAUCCAUCUUCGGUCAGCAAGGCUUUGUGUUCUGCUUUUGUAUUUGCCAUUGCUGAACGGUAGUAAGGAAGGCAAUAUUUUUUUAUAUCCGUUCAAAAUGGAAUACGAAUAAAUGUUAUUUGCGCGGGGAUAGCUUUCGACAAUCUCUUGAAAUCAUCAACUAACAAGGGAGCAAUGCGCGAGUACAAAGUGGUGGUCCUUGGCAGCGGUGGGGUCGGGAAAUCCGCCCUCACUGUUCAGUUUGUCACCGGGACUUUUAUUGAGAAAUACGACCCGACCAUAGAGGAUUUUUACCGCAAAGAAAUCGAGGUGGAUUCUUCACCCUCUGUUCUGGAGAUUCUUGACACUGCUGGUACUGAACAGUUCGCAUCCAUGCGGGACCUUUACAUCAAAAAUGGCCAAGGCUUCAUACUUGUCUACAGUCUUGUCAACCAGCAGAGCUUCCAAGACAUCAAACCCAUGAGGGACCAGAUCAUCAGAGUGAAAAGGUACGAGAAGGUCCCAGUGAUCCUGGUGGGGAACAAAGUGGACCUGGAGAGUGAGAGGGAGGUGUCGGCCAGCGAGGGCCAGGCUCUGGCCGAGGAGUGGGGCUGUCCCUUCAUGGAGACCUCGGCCAAGAGCAAAACCAUGGUGGACGAACUGUUUGCCGAGAUUGUUCGGCAGAUGGACUACGCCGCCCAGCCAGACAAGAAUGACCCAUGCUGCUCCUCCUGCAAUAUACAAUAGCCCCAGGGAUUAGGGCGACGCCAGGGGAGAGGACGUAGCCCAGGGCCUAGGGCGACACCAGGGGAGACAGGACGUACCCCCAGGGCUUAGGGCGACGCCAGGGGAGAGAGGACGUACCCCCAGGGCCUAGGGCGACGCCAGGGGAGAGAGGACGUACACCCAGGGCCUAGGGCGACGCCAGGGGAGAGAGGACAUAGCCCUAGCGCGACACCAGGGGAGAGAGGACGUACCCCCAGGGCCUAGCGGGACGCCAAGGGAGAGAGGACAUAGCCCUAGGGCGACACCAGGGGAGAGAGGACGUACCCCCAGGGCCUAGCGGGACGCCAGGGGAGAGAGGACAUAGCCCUAGCGGGACACCAGGGGAGAGAGGACGUACCCCCAGGGCCUUGCGGGACGCCAGGGGAGAGAGGACAUAGCCCUAGCGGGACGCCAGGGGAGAGAGGACAUAGCCCUAGGGCGACACCAGGGGAGAGAGGACGUACCCCCAGGGCCUUGCGGGACGCCAGGGGAGAGAGGGAGUCUGCAUACAGGAUGAUUCACAGAGAGGAGGACAAUACUUACACCAACAACAGCGACGAUUAACAAACUCAUGGUAGAAAUGUGGUGAAAUUGAACUCUUCGGUGCAUAAAAUCAGUCAUGAUGUAAUUAAUGAUAUGUUCAUAAUUAAUAUAAUUAAAUUAGGAAUUCAAAGGAUUUGUCUCAAGAGAAAUUGACAAACAAACAGGACUAAAGAAAAGUGCACUCGCUUUAUGUUAUUCUGUUUUCUCCGUCUCAGGAUGUGUACUCUUUAUGCUGUUCUGCGAUCAUUAAUAUGUUUCUUUAACAUCGUUUUAGUUUUGUUGAUAUGACCCAGUUUUUCUCCCAGCACAUCGAGCUUCUUUCUCCAUUUUAAUUGACAGAGCAGAAGAUAGCAACUGCACCGACUCAAGAGGAGGUAAUCCCUCAGAUCUACUUGUUUGAAACAAGGAUGAGUAAUUGAUUUCUGUACUAGGUUUCUCUGUGCAGGAAAAGAGAAAGCCUAUACCUACCUUUAUCCAAUGAGAUGUGUUGUACUCAUCGCUAGGCCAGAAUCAAAGAGGUGACUUGAAUGAGCCUCUUUUUAAUUUUCUCGUUUAUUUGUUUUGCGGAAGGGGUAAAAACUGGUGGAAAAGACAGUCUUGCUUCCUGUUUUCACCUUUUGGAGGGGUUGUAGCAGAGGUGUCUGUCACAUAAUCCUGUCUUUUGUUUUGGUGUCAGAAAGUUGUGACGACAGAUUGCUGAAUAUUGUAACCGUUUCAUUCAGAUGGUACUAGGAGGACUCCAUCUUUCAGUAUUUGAAUAUCUCUACAGACUCUAGAAACGGUUUACUUUUCAGUAAUGGGUGCCAUCCCACAUCCUCUGCAUUGAAUUUGAUUUUGAGUGGGUAUCACAAUGAAAUGGGGUGCAACGUUUUCUCAACAUCCCACUCCUCUUUAAGUAUUCAAAUGUAUAGUAGUAACAGUAAUGAUGAUGAUGAUUAUAAUUGUUAUUUAACAGUAGUGUAAAUAUUUUGUCUGGAUAGUUCCAGCUCCUAUGAAGACACUGACUGAACUGUUGUCAACCGUAUCAGUGGAGGCUGCUGAGGGGAGAACAGCGUUUUAAUAAUGGCUGUAACGGAGCAAAUGGAAUGCCAUCAAACACCUGGAAACUAUGUGUUUGAUAUCAUUCCACUGAUUCCAUUCCAGCCAUUACCACGAGCACAUCCUCCCCAAUUAACGUGCCACCAACCUCCUGUGAACUGUAUGUAUGGCAAGUAAACAAAAAAAAGAUGACUUUAUCGUUUGAGAUUAUUAUAGGCUGUGUAAACUUAGAAACCAGACACAUGCACAUCUGGGUCCGGACACUGUCUCAACGACACAUGGUUGUAGGCCACUUGGAGCCAGACCUCCCUUGGGUUACCAUUUUCAUUGUUCAUUUGAUCUCAUUUUUAUGUCACCAUUUACUCUUUCUCCCUCCCUAAAUGAAUGGAUGAAUGACACUUCCAUUUAGCACCUACACGAUAUAAGUGUGUUUAAUAACACAACGCAUUGCAGUGUGAAUGACACUAUUUCUAUGUUUACUUAUUGGAGUGACAGGCCCUCUACGCCAUCGCCGGGUUCUCUCUAAAGUGUUCUGGGAGAGAGACAUGUAUCUGGAAGGAAAUGGUUUCCGUUCCAAUGCCACCGCCAGUUCUAAAUCGCACAGUCACUUUGUGAAUGACAAGAACCCAACGCUCCAGCAAGUGCACAAAGCUUGAUGAAUUCAACUUUACUUUCUUCUUUGUUUAUAUGGGGGUUGUGUUUUUGUGUUCCUUGAUGAUGAUGAUGAUGAUGAUGAUGAUGAUGAUGAUGAUGAUGAUAAGAAUUAUGAUGAUAAUAAUAAUAUGAAGAGUACUUUAUCUAUGGGCCCAAUUCACACUACUGUUUAGCUUGCAGGUUGGUAUUUACUGGGAUGACUCAGGUACUGGAGGCAGCUCUGCAUGGUAGUCACUAGCUGGCACAGCCACAAAGUCAUACAAUCUGAAUUUAUGCCUAACCUUAAAUGAAGACCAAAAAGCAAAUUGUUGUUUUGAUUAAUAUUUACGAUAUAUUUAACAAUAAAGCACGAGGGGGUGUGGUAUAUGGCCAAUAUACCAUUGCUAAGGGCUGUUCUUAUGCACGACGCAUUGCGGAGUGCCUGGACACAGCCCUUAGCCAUGGUAUAUAGGUCAUAUACCACACCCCCUGAGGUGCCUUAUUGCUAUUAUAAACUGGUUACCAAUGUAAUUAGAGCAGUAAAAAGAAAUGUUGUGUCAUACCUGUAGAAUACCACGGUUGUCAGAUAAUCAGUGUUCAGGGCUCGAACCACCCAGUUUAUAAUAUCAAUGUUGACUUUGCUGCUGUCCCAUCUAGUGGAAACCGCUCUGCCUCCAAGACAAGAUUCAUCCCAAUAAACAUCAACCUGCGUUAAGCUCUCCCUAGCAAGCCCCAUGUGACCUCUCUUCUCUAUUCUACUUAAUAUAGCCCUGAUUAGAUUAAACUAAAUAGUACUCUGAAAAGAUCGACUGCACCAAUGAUGCUGAACACUGCUCGCAUUGGUUUCAUUUUCAGGCUGAACACUAAACAAUUGCAUGUUGAGCCUCACUAAAUCUCUCUUGAUCUGUCUAAUAACAUAGAUUUCACCCUAAGACUUUACUCAACACAAGUUUUCAAUGAUUGUAUUGAUUAGCUGGGCCCAAUGUUGCUUGUCUCCAGUAAGCCAAUAAUGUCAUGGAAUAAUGGUGUCUUGGAAAAUGAAACACUUGAAAGAAAUGAUAAAAGGUGUACUCCC